GGUAGAACGGGAAGCAUUUCUAACUAAUUAUUGAUGCUCGACAAUACUCCCUCACUGAAGCCCAAAGCGAUCCAUCGCCUCUUCAACCCCUAAAUUUCUAGUUUUACACUGUCUCCUUCGCUGAACCCUGGUGUUUGAGCUUCCAUCUUUGUGGAGCAGAGAAAAAUGAAGAUCGCAGUAGAGAUGACAUGGCCAUCAGUUUCCUCUUGACAAUGGGUACGGUUGGUGAUAAUUGGGGAGACGAGUGUUCUGUCAUUAAAGACAAGGGAGAGAUUUCCUAUAUUGACUACGAAGAUGAUCAAUCUGUUUGCAGCUACAAUCCUGUUGAGGAAGGUCCGAUUAUUGUUUCUGUGCCAUUUGCUUUUGUGAAUGGCAAACCUCGAUCAGUUUUUGUCGGAGAAACAGUGGCUGAUGCGAUUACUAUCAAGAACACCACUGAUGAAUCAGUGGACCUAUGGGCAGUUAAUAUUUAUGCAUCUAAUCCUGAAAACUCAUUUACACUCUCUUUAAUGGAGCCCCCAGAUCCAAAUGCUGACAUCGAAAGUGUACAAGCUUUCCUGGAGUCUUUUUCAUUGGAGGAUAGAAUGAUCCAUGCAGAUGACACUCUUACUAUAUGGCUGUCUUGCAAACCAAAGGAAAUUGGAUUGCACACGACUAUUGUGCAUUUUGAUCUUGGCAAUGAAAGAAUAGAACGAGUAUCUUUUCUGUUAGCAGAUGAUAAGAUUUCUCAGUCGUUGGUACCUAGGAAGCCGUAUUCAAGAGAUAGGAGAAGGAGGCAGGAGGCAGUAGAUUCGUAUAUUCCUGGCACACGUCCUACUAGAACACGGGGUCGGGGAUUCAAAAAUUUCCUUCUCCAAUACGAAAUCCCUAGUAAAAUUAAAGAUGAACUUAGCAGAAAGGAGAUCCCUAGUGCUGUUCGAGAAGGACUUAAAAGAGAUACUUACGUUCCCUAUUUCAUGACAUUGUUGAACAUGGAAGAAAUACAAUUGGAGGAAGACAUGAGAGCUUAUGAUAUGGAGCUUGUUACUAUGAAAAGAAAGGGACAUAACUUUUUGUCCCUCGAGGUUCCAGGGCUUGCUGAGAGGAGGCCUUCACUUGUCCAUGGAGACUAUAUCCUUGUCAAGAUGCCUUUUGGACAUACAAAUGACUCAGUUUCGGCUUAUCAGGGAUAUAUUCAUCACGUCGAAGCUGAUGAAGUUUACCUAAAAUUUGCCCCAGAAUUUCACAUCAACCACAGAGAUGGCAAUCAGUAUAACGUCCAGUUUACCUAUAACAGAAUUAACAUGAGGAGGUUCUAUCAGGCUGUUGAUGCUGCAGACAGUUUGGCAAAGGAGUUUCUGUUUCCAUAUGAGUUUUCGGAAAGAAGAUAUAUCAAUACUACUCCACUGGUGCCUUUAACUCAGAACAUCAACGAGGAACAGAUUCGUUGUGUUCAGAUGAUCCUUGGUUGCAAAGGCACACCACCUUAUUUAGUUCAUGGACCUCCAGGUACUGGUAAGACUCAAACCCUGGUGGAAGCUAUCCUCCAACUCUACAUGACACGAAAGAAUGCUCGGAUGCUUGUUUGUGCUCCUUCAAAUAGUGCUGCAGACCACAUACUGGAGAAGCUCCUCAAUCAGGAGGGUGUUGAAAUUCGCGAUAAUGAUGUUUUCAGGCUAAAUGCAAGCACACGACAAUAUGACGAAAUCAAGCCUGACAUUCUUCCCUACUGCUUCUUUGAUGAACAAAUUUUCAGAUGUCCUCCACGCAAUGCCUUAGUGCGCUAUAGGAUUGUUGUUUCAACUUAUAUGAGUACUUCCCUUCUUUAUGCUGAGGAUAUCAAGCGUGGUCACUUCUCUCACAUUUUCUUAGAUGAGGCUGGCCAAGCUUCAGAGCCAGAAUCCAUAAUUCCGAUAUCCAACCUCUGUCUAAGGAAAACAGUUGUCGUUCUUGCUGGCGACCCCAUGCAAUUAGGCCCAGUGAUUUACUCCAAGGAAGCAGAAAUUUAUGGAUUAGGUAAAUCAUAUUUGGAAAGGCUUUUUGAAUGUGAAUAUUACAGCACUGGGGAUGAAAACUAUGUAAUCAAGUUGUUGAGAAACUAUAGAUGUCAUCCGGAUAUCUUGCAUCUUCCUUCUACAUUGUUCUAUGGCGGUGAACUAAUUGCAUGUAAAGAUGAGAAGAGUCUUCUCAUGGAUACAGCAGAUAUUCUUAAAGUACUUCCUAAUAAAGAGUUUCCUGUUCUUUUCUUUGGUAUCCAAGGCUGUGAUGAGAGGGAAGGCAACAAUCCAUCAUGGUUUAACCGAAUUGAGGUAAGCAAGGUGGUUGAGAUUGUAAGGAAACUGACUGAUGGUGGAAAUCUGACCGAGGAAAAUAUUGGGAUCAUAACACCCUAUCGGCAGCAAGUGCUCAAAAUUAGGAAAGCCUUUGAUAGUCUGGAUAUGAUUGAUAUAAAGGUUGGUAGUGUAGAACAAUUUCAAGGACAAGAGAGGCAAGUGAUUAUUGUUUCUACUGUUCGAUCAACAAUUAAACAUAAUGAGUUUGACAAAACCUACUGUUUGGGGUUUUUGAGUAAUCCAAGAAGGUUUAAUGUGGCUGUUACUCGGGCUAUAUCUCUUCUGGUCAUAAUUGGCAAUCCCCAUAUAAUCAAUCAGGAUGUUUAUUGGAACAAGCUGUUAUGGCAGUGUGUUGACAAAGAUUCAUAUCAAGGUUGCCCCCUCCCUGAAAGGCAGGACCUCACAGAUGAGGUACAACUGUGCACUAACCGAGAGGGACAAAGUUCAGGAUUUGAAGAAGCAGGCCAGGAUCAAGAGCUGCAGGAGCCGGCAGUGGCACCAGAGACGGAAUUUUCCCAACCAGUUGUUGAUGAAGCUGAAUGGUCUGAUGGGUGGAAGUAACCUUUGCUACCAGUUCAGAAACAUAGCGGAGAAGAAAAUUCUUGUUUAACUUUAUCUUCUUAGAUCUUUGUAGAUGUCUUGGAAAUAUUGUCUAUAUACUCUACUGUUAGUUUAAAAACUCUACCUUUACCCGACUAGGCUUAUACUUGACUUCCAGAUCCUACUCACCUAGGAUCUUUCUUGCUUCGGAAACGUAGGAUUCCUCUGAUUCAACUGAGUGAGACUGAUGAUUUAAGCUAUUGGGGGAAUUCCUCUUGAAGUGACUCAUACUCAGACUCACGGAAAGAGAUUUUGUUUUGCUGUUGCAAGUUUGUACAUUCUAUAAACACAAUUUCCUUUUAAUCAAGUAGAAAAGAAAAAAGAAAAAGUGCAAUUACGAAAA